GCACAUCUAGAUAUAAGGCAGCCGGGAAACAAUGCGCCUGCAGCUCGCGCUCCCGCGCCAAUCUCAGGAGCGUCUGGGCUGCUGUGCGCGAGCGAGGCGCGGGCCGCGCGCGCGGGAAGCGCGCUCGUGAGUGCGGGUCGCGCGCUCGGUGGCGCGCAUGUGUGUGUGUGCGGGCUGCCGGGCUGCCGCGAGCCGGCGGGGAGCCUGUCCGCUCCAGGUGGCGGGCGGCGGGAGCGAGGGAGCGGACAUGGACUUCGAUUCGUACCAGCACUAUUUCUACGACUACGACUGCGGGGAGGAUUUCUACCGCUCCACGGCGCCUAGCGAGGACAUCUGGAAGAAAUUCGAGCUGGUGCCGUCGCCCCCCACGUCGCCGCCCUGGGGCUCCGGUCCUGGCGCCGGGGACUCAGCGCCCGGGAUUGGUCCCCCGGAGCCGUGGCCCGGUGGGGGCGUCGGGGACGAGGCGGAAUCUCGGGGUCAUUCGAAAGCUUGGGGCAGGAACUAUGCUUCCAUCAUCCGCCGUGAUUGCAUGUGGAGCGGCUUCUCUGCCCGGGAGCGGCUGGAGAGAGCUGUGAGCGACCGGCUGGCCCCUAGCGCGCCCCGGGGGAACCCGCCCAAGGCGCCUGCAGCCCCGGACUGCACUCCCAGUCUCGAAGCCGGCAAUCCGGCGCCCGCCACCCCCUGUCAGCUGGGUGAGCCCAAGACCCAGGCCUGCUCGGGGUCCGAGAGCCCAAGUGACUCUGAGGGUGAAGAAAUCGAUGUUGUAACAGUGGAGAAAAGGCAGUCUCUGGGUAUACGGAAGCCGGUCACCAUCACAGUGCGGGCAGACCCUCUGGAUCCUUGCAUGAAACAUUUCCAUAUCUCUAUCCAUCAGCAACAGCACAACUAUGCUGCCCGGUUUCCUCCAGAAAGUUGCUCCCAAGAAGAAGCCCCAGACAGGGGUCCCCAGGAAGAGACUAUGGAGAGAGAAGCACCCAAGGAGAAGCAAGAUGAGGAGGAUGAAGAGAUUGUGAGCCCUCCACUUGUAGAAAGUGAGGUGCCUCAGCCCUGCCACCUCAAACCUGUCAGUUCUGAUACUGAGGAUGUGAGCAAGAGGAAGAACCAUAACUUCUUAGAGCGUAAAAGGCGAAAUGACCUCCGCUCACGGUUCUUGGCCCUGAGGGACCAGGUGCCCACCUUGGCCAGCUGCUCUAAGGCCCCCAAAGUAGUCAUCCUCAGCAAGGCCUUGGAAUAUCUGCAAGCCCUCGUAGGUGCUGAGAAGAGGAUGGCUACAGAGAAAAGGCAACUCCGGUGCCGGCAGCAGCAACUACAGAAAAGAAUUGCGUACCUCAGUGGCUACUAACUGACCAAAAAGCCUGACUUUUCUCUCUUACAAAGACACAUGUUUAUAUUCUAACCUCCUUUUCCCCUUUAGUAAUUUGCACAUUUUGGUUAGGGUGAGACAGUCUGAACUGUAGAUCCCAGAAUGCAUUGCAGCCGGUGCACACACAAUAAGGGCUUGCAUUCUUGGAAACCUUGAAAUCCAGCUCUCCCUCUCCCUGACUCAUCAGAGUGCUGUGUCCUUUCUGGCGCCUUUGGCUUCUCAGCAGGCAGCUGAGUGAGGAGCCCAGGGGUCUGCCUAGCUCACUAGCUAGCUCUGAAGAAAAGGUUGACAGAUGCUAUGCAACAGGUGGUGGACGUUGUCAGGGGCUCCAGCCUGCAUGAAAUCUCACACUCCACCGGAGCUUUAGGCUAGGAAAGGAUGCUCCCACUGAUGUCACUGAUGUCCCACUGAUGACACAAGGACAGCUGGGCCUGAACACUCUCCUGAGGCUCUUUUUUCCCUGAGACACACAAGCUGUCUUGGGUGAAGACAAGCUCAUAGGCUUGAUCAACAUGGACCAUUACCUCACUGUCAGACACUUUACAGUAGCUGAGGAGUACAAACUAUAUAUAUAUAUAUAUAUAUAUAUAUAUAUAUAUAUAUGUAUAUAUGAUGACUUUAGGCAACACCCCUCCCUCUAUUCUCAAUGCUGCGACUUUGAGAACUUUUAAAGAGCUUGGCCCCUAGAUUCUUUGUCUCAAUGCCCUCUGGGCCCUCUUCUCUAAGGGAGAGAGCUUUCUCUCCUCACAAGGGACUUUUUUGUUUUGUUCUGCCUUUGUUAUGCAAUGGGCUCUGUGGUGCCCUUUACUCACAGGUCUGAAAUAUUUCCCCAAAAUGCAAGGAAAUGGUUCCUGGCCUGGGGCCUGUGGAAGGCUUGGAGCCCUAGCUCAUGAACUUGUUCCCUUGCCCAGGUGUUUUCCAAGGGCCAAUUGGGAUUCAUCUUGGACUCUUCUUAAGCAGGUAUAAGGCACCUGAAAAGGAAGCACUGUACUUCUUCCUCUUUUCCACCUGCCUGUCAUCUCUAGUCUUUGAUUCCGUUUGAAGUUGUACUGGAACCAUACAAACCUGUCCAGGGAGUUUGCUGGCUCUGUAGCCACCAGCCUGGUUCUCUGCCAGCUUCACAUGAGUCAAAUGCCUUUCCCAGAAUCUAGGCCUUACUGAGGUUCUGGAGAGAACCGGUGGGACUCAUCCAGGACUCCAUAAGGUGUACUUGCUUCCUGGUGGGUUGCAAAGGCACUUCCAGGAGCUCUGCUUAGCCAGCGAUGAUGGAUUUUGCUCUAACUGGACUCUGCAGCUCCAAGCGGAAUUGAGGUAUAACCUCCAAAAUGGGAAAGCCACUUAACCCUGUAGGUGGCAUGUGAGCAACCCCCCAACUUGGCAUGGAAGAAAGAUAAGCCCCUCCAAACUCUGCUCAGGAUAGCAGGUGCCUGCUGGCUCUGAAUUUGGAAGUAGAAGAGAAGGGAUGGAUGGUAAACACUCUUUGUAGCUCUGAGAAACCAAGUGCUGCUUCCAACCUACUGUCCAUGAUGUUCUCUUCCUGAGGUUGUUUCCUAGCCUCAGAGAACCCCAGGGGACCUUUUGGAUGUACAGGCGCUCAAUCUUCUGGAGCAGGGUUUUCAGGGGCCCAUUGACUUUUGGAACUGUCUUGGAAGGACAGGUGGGAAAUAGGUUACUAAUGUCCCAUCUGAAUAGCUUGUGUUUUAUAAGCUGCUGCUGGGUAUUAUGCUGGGAGGAAUUUUUUUUUAAUACUGUAUUUUUGUAUGCUUUUUGCAAAGUGGUGUUAAUUGUUUUUGUACAAGGGGGGAAAAAAAACUUGGGCAAUUCUCCUGUUGCAAGGGUCUGAUUUAUUUUGAAAGGCAGGUUUACCUGAGAUUUUGUAUUUAGUUGUGAUUAUUGAUUGCCUGAUUUUAAACUGUUGCCUUCUGGGACAUCUAAUAAAAGAUUUCUCAAAUAUGUCA